CAGAAUUAUAUAUAUCAAUCAAUUAUUCAUCCAAGCAUCUCAAACAGACACCGGUCUUAAGCAGGCACAUUAACGUUGCACUUUGCAACGAUUUCGUAAUUCAAUUGCGAUAGCUCGAUCUCGCUAGCAUGGCUUUGAGGCAUUUGAUAACUCAGGUUGCAAGACGUCAAUCCAAAUUUGGACAGGUCAAAAGUCUGUUUGCUACGAGCAAUUUCUCUGUGAAUAAGUUUGGAGAUCGUGCAGGGAAUAGGCUUUUGUGUGCCCAGGAGAGAUUUCAGUCUAGCUAUCUUGGCAGUAUAGCUCGUCGAGCACGUGAUGCAGAUGAAGCAGCUGAAGUUUCUUAUCUCAAAGAACUUUACCAUCAGAAUGAUCCCGAGGCUGUGAUUAGAGUAUUUGAAAGCCAGCCAUCUCUCCCUUAUAGGAAAUGAUUGUCUUAGUGCUUUUUUGAGAGUUUUUAGGAGCAGUGAGGAUUGCGUCCAUACUGAUUUCAGCUUGUUGGGAUAUAUGGUCCUUUGGUUUGUGGACUUAUGAAUGAAGAUCCUGUGGUGUUUCAAGUAUCAGCUUUUUAACAGCUGGUUUUUAACUUAUAGUUGUUCAACUUAUAUUGUUUUAUUAGUGGUGAGGUGUUUUGGUAGUUUGCAUGAGGAAUUAGGUUCAAACGUCGCUGCCGCUUAUGUGUACUGAAAAAACUUAAAGAAACAGUGUAAGACACAGGCAAGCAUGAGAACUUGAUCUUGUGUUCAUUAAGCAAGUUGUUUGUUUUAUUGAUUGCAUUUGGCUUAUCUUUGCACAAUCCUAGUUGCCAUAUAUAAUCUAUAUUUUGGAUUUCUUUAAUGUUUCAGUCACUUUUGUGAUUUCUUUUUACAGGUUGCAAGACGUCAAUCCAAAUUUGGACAGGUCAAAAGUCUGUUUGCUACGAGCAAUUUCUCUGUGAAUAAGUUUGGAGAUCGUGCAGGGAAUAGGCUUUUGUGUGCCCAGGAGAGAUUUCAGUCUAGCUAUCUUGGCAGUAUAGCUCGUCGAGCACGUGAUGCAGAUGAAGCAGCUGAAGUUUCUUAUCUCAAAGAACUUUACCAUCAGAAUGAUCCCGAGGCUGUGAUUAGAGUAUUUGAAAGCCAGCCAUCUCUCCAUAAUAGUCCCUCAGCUCUUUCUGAAUACGUAAAA